CAUUUGAAAAUCAUUUAUUCUUUCAAUUUGGUUCCGUUCACUUCGCCUUUUUGGUUUCGUCUCUUCGACUUAUCAUCAGUUAUUUCGAUUCUCAAUUAACUCAUUGAUCUUUGUCAAUUUAUUUAAAUCGAGAUCUCAUCUUUAGAAUUAAAGACUAUCAUGGCUAAACCUGCAAUCUCUACCUCCAUAUCAUUCAACAAUGGUUUGAAAGUUCCUCUUUUCGGUCUUGGUACCUGGAAAUCCAAGCCUGGUGAAGUUAAAGAAGCUGUUAAACAUGCACUUUUGGAAGCUGGUUACCGGCACAUUGAUUGUGCUUUGGUUUACCAAAACGAAGAUGAAGUUGGCCAAGCUUUAAAGGAAGUUUUCGACUCUGGAGCUCUUAAACGUGAAGAUGUUUUCAUUACAUCAAAAUGUUGGAAUACUUUCCAUUCCCGUGCCAAAGUUAUGGAAGCUGUUAAAAAGACUUUAACUAGUCUUGGUCUAGAAUAUUUAGACCUUUAUUUAGUCCAUUCGUCAAUGGGUUUCAGAGAAGGUGAUGAACUUUUCCCCAAAAAUGAAGCCGGUAAAAUGAUUUACUCUGAUAUUGAUAUCGUUGAAACCUGGCAAGGUAUGGAAGACGUUCACAAAGCUGGAUUAGCUAAAUCAAUUGGUGUGUCCAAUUUCAAUUCUGAGCAAAUUGCAAAGAUUCUUGCCAAUUGUACAAUUAAACCAGUUAACAAUCAAGUUGAAGUUCAUCCUUACCUUUCUCAGGUUGAAUUGGUUGAAUUCUGUAAGAAACAUGACAUCACUGUUACUGCUUACAGUCCACUUGGAUCACCAGAUCGACCCUGGGCUAAGCCUGAAGAUCCAUCUCUUUUUGAAGAACCAGAGAUCAAGAAAAUUGCCGAAGCCCAUAACAAAACUCCAGCUCAAGUUUUACUUCGAUUUGGUGUCCAACGAAACCUCAUCACUAUCCCAAAAAGUGUUACACCCGCUCGAAUAGCUGAAAAUAUUCAAGUUUUUGAUUUCGAGCUUUCUGAAGACGAAAUGAAAACCAUUUACAGUUUCAACAAAAAUUGGCGAGCUUGUGGAAGAGAAGCAGAUGUCGAUCAUCCACUUUAUCCUUUCAAAAUCCCAUUCUAAAUAAGUUAAACCAACUAAAUCCAUGAUUACAACUGUAAAGAAAAUCUUUAAUUGUUAUUAAAUCUUGGAAAACUUAUCACAUUAUAAUCAAAUAAAAUGGGAAACUUGAAAUUCAUUAAAACAUGACUAUUGUCACAUUAAGCCCGACAGUUAAACUUUUGAUUACCAAUGAUUAAUUUCAACCCUGUUUAUCAUAGUCUAGACAAUUAAUUGCAUAAUAAAUUUCAUUCGCAUGCAGAUGCACUCCAAAUUGUAAUAAAAACUUAAGGUUAAUUAAAGAUUAAUUAAUCUUUAA